AUGAUGGCCUCAGUUGAAGAUGAGAUUAAUAACGUUUCGGAAUGUUCAGUUUAUUCAAUUCAACCGUCGGAAACAAAUGUGACAAUGCACGAUGGAUUGGAUGAUGAUGAUAUUCCACCAAAUACAGGUUUGUUUGUUAAGACAAGGGGGAUGGGUAGUUCAGGAAGGAUCGAAGAGCUUUAUCUCCCAUUUUUCCAGAUCCAAGUGAUAUGAUUGCAAGAAAUGCCAGUGAAAUGAUCAUAACAUUUGCCGACGCAACUCAAAGUGAAAAAACCGCCCAUGACAUGUCAGUUUAUUCUGUUCCAAAAUCCGAAACUAAUGUGACACUCUCGAAUCCAUCUGAUUAUUCGAAUUAUACCAAUAUGAAGUCAGAAACCAAUGUAACACUUCGAGAUGCGUUUAGUCCAUGUCAUGAUUGUAAGUCAGACAUCUACAGUAACCGAAAAAAUCCGAAUUUUUCAAAUAAUAAAAUUUCAGUGCGCGAAUUGAAUAUGUCAAUCUACACAACUCCUGCAUCCGAAACACAUGUAACAAUUCCACAAAAAACCGAAUAUUCGGAAUACACUGUUCCAAAAUCAGAAACCAAUGUGACAAUGAAUAAAACAUCGGCUGUUUCGCAAUAUACAAUUCCGGUUUCGGAAGUUGGUGUAACUAUGGCCGAUGGAUUUGUACCGUGUGAUGUUUUACGGAAAAUGCAAGAUGGAAACUAUCCGGAUGAAGUUUCGGCUGUUAAUGGAUGUUGUGAGUUCAAACCUAGAAAGUUCUAAUUUGAAAUAUUCUCUAAUAUAAUUUGCAGUUGACGAGCAAGAAUUGAUUUUUGAAAAAAUCCAACAAAACCUUGAUAUUUCCGACGAGCGUAUUUUUGGAAUUGAAAAAAGUGAUGGAAGUAUUGCAAAAUGUGUUGAUUCAAUUGAAUGUCUUGUUAAAUUGAAUGAUUAUCAACCAAUUCCACUUGAUUUUGGUUAGUUUUAGUAACUCCCUGGUAAAAGUUUUAAUUUUUUAAUAAAAAUUUUUUAAUUUCAGAAUUCUCGUCGAGUGUCAAUUUCAACUGCAAUCUCAUGCAAGGUUUGUCAUUUUUUCUUGUGAGAAAAAUACAGAAAAAAAAUCAAUAUCAUUUUCAGGUCCGGAAUCGGUUGAAAGCUAUCUUCUGAAAACUGGCUCUUCAUCUUAUGCGCAUCAUGAAAUUUGA